UGAUUAGUUCAGUUUCGUAUAUUCUUCACCCAGCCUUCUAUCAUGCUUGUAACUAGUGCUCUGCUCAUGUUGUUAGACAGGAUUUUCACUUCCUGCCAUCCCAGCCUUCUAUCAUGCUUACAAGAUUUUUCUUUGCACGGCAGUAGCACCAGAACCGUGCUGCUGUUGGGAACGGAAGGGAGCUGUUCCAUGCACUGAAUCUGGGGAGAAAAUCACCUUCGGCAUGUACACCAUCACCUUGGGCAUGCUUGUGGCGCUGCUGCUCGGCCUCAACAUGUCCCGGAGUGCCAUUAGCGCCGCCCUCACGCUCAUCUUCCUCGACUUCAAGGACGCUCGCCCCUGCCUCGAGAAGCUGUGGGUUAAUGUUGGUGGUUUUGUUCUACUUGGAUGCAUUGGUACCCAUCAUCGAGCGAACGGAUGUAACAGCGGCAAGAAGCUCAUGGUUGUGUGCAUCUAAAGCACACCAUGGACACCAUCCACUGCCUCAUCAAUGCUAACUCAAUCCAGAUCAUCGUCGACACUAUCAUCCACAGGUAUCUUCCUUGGUUCCCUUUAUUCUCUCCUGCCUUUGUGAUGUUAGUAUGCGUGUGCUAACGAGUAUUGUUAGAUCUUGCCAGUUGAAUGUAUGGUCAUGAUAGUAGAAUGGUAUUUUGUUUUAGGCGCAAUGUGUUGUAGUGCAGUUUUUUGCACAACCUGCAUAUGUGCCAUGCAUAUUCAUAUUGUGUCUCUGUUUCUUAUAUGAACUACUAUCUCAUUUUAACUAGGUCGACAACAAAAAGCAUGGUACUAGCUGAAUUUGUGUUAUC